AUGGUGGUGAAUCGCCGAGCGCAACCGCGCGUCAAACCCCUGAAGUCCCACAAGAGCAAACAAGGAACGAAUCUGUUCUUCGCCAAUGGCAUCCUCUACUACGCCGACGCACCGGUGAAAAAAGUUGUCAAGUAUUCCGUGGACGAUCAAGACAUUCUCUCGACCGUUUACACGAAGAGGAGGUCGUCCCUCGCGAUACCCGUCUACAAGCAUUCAAAACUUCCCCCGAAUAUGAAUAUCGAGUCGACGGUCUUGAUGAGCGAAGGAGCUCAAUUGAAACUGAUGGAUCUCGAAACGAAGAGCGAGAAAGAUUUGAUUUUAGUGGACGAUGCCGAGGAGGUCUCAAUCGGAGCUGCGGCAACGCACCAGACAGGAACUCUUUUCUUCUCAACGAUUCAGCUCGAUAAAGGGACCGUGGAAGAGAGCCACGGAGGCUCAUUGUGCUGCAUGCGCCGAAGCGGCAAGGUCACCAAGCUCUUCGACGGGCUAUGCGUGCCCGAUGGGCUCUGCUUCAACGGAGACUGUACGAGACUCUUCGCGAUGGAACGCGGCGAGAAUCAUUUGGUCUGUUCGAAGCUCGACGAUCUGAGCAUCGCCGGUCCGGAGCUCGUCGUAGACUGGAAUAAAAGCCCGCUCCUGCCCAAAACCGUAGUGCGGGGUCUAACGAUGGAUAUCGAUGAUCGUCUCUGGAUGUGUUGCUCCGGAGAGGGAAAGAUCAUUCAGGUCGAUGUAGAGAAGAAACGUGUCCUGUUAGAGAUUCCUGCGCCGAAAGCCCGUGAGCUGAGUUCGCUCUGUUUCGGGGGCCCGGAGUACCGUGAAAUUUUCGUCGCCUCGUCUUACGCCGCUCUGACUCAAGACGAGCUAACGAAGCAGGUGAACGCCGGACACAUUUUGAGAGCCAAGGGAUACGAUGUACGCGGUAGAAAGCCUUUCCCUGUAAUGAUUGAAUUAAACUCAAGCAAAUCAAUGAAAGCAGCAGGCUCGACUAGGCUUGCAAUUCAGCAAACGUGA